ACCAAUACAGUUGCAUUCCAGAGAACGUCCUUGACAAAGUUGCACCACAGUUUGAGAGACACCACAGCUGGCUUGACGUUCGCCUUCGGUGAAAUCUUGUUUAUCCGGGAUUAUGGAACAUGACCAACCACAGAACAUUCCUGACGAAUGGUGGAACUACAUAUGGUCACCCCGGUUCCUCCAGAUGAAGAAUAGCAGUGAUCCUCUUGUUAAGAAAUAUGCUUAUAGGGUAGCCAAAUGUGAUGGAAGGCAACAAACACUCCUAGGAAUGGCAUGUGUGGUGUUGCUUGAAAUGUCACCCUUAAAUGUACUGGAAGAACUUCUAAAGGGUUAUCCAGAAGACUUUGGUGAGAACCUUGGAAGUGUCCUGCUUGAGUCAUUCAAGGUUGUGUUAGACUUUUGGAGAGGAUUAGAUAUACCGGAAGGCAUUGACUUUGCGGAGAUGUGUGAGUAUGACAUGAUGGCAGUCUUCGAACAUAUCCUGAACCAAGUUCCAAUAUAUUACCAAAAUGGUGGAAACUCUAUCACUAAUGAGGAAUUCUUACACGAAUUAUGGAUUUUGGGAACAGAUGUGGUUGUGCUUGCUGAAACAAGAGUUGGGGCCCUUGGACUGGCAGAGCAGUAUCUAACUUUAGAUAAGAGAGUGAAGGAAGUCUUGGAGACCUUGCGUUGUGGAGAGGAAGUGGCUUCUCCUGAAUGAACCUAUAUAAAAGAUGAACAAGAAAUACAGUUGUAGUGAAAUGUCAGAAGAGAAGUAUAUGUAAUUUCUUUCAUUGUACACACACAGGUAUAUAUAUACAAAAUGAUAAUACUGAUUAUUAUAUAGGGUUUGACUUAUGACUGUUUAUUUUUUCUUCUAAAUUACCCUGUGUGCAAGGAGUGGCUGGAGUUAUCAUCCACUGGCAGGUGGGAUUUGAAUGCAGGUCAGCAAGAUUGAUAAAAGAGAACACUACCACAGCACCACGCACACAGUAUAUAUAUAUAUGUGUAUUUGGCCUUAGUAUCUUUUGUAGGCAAUACAAGUGUAGUAAAAAGAUUUAGAAAUCUCAUAUGUAGCUUCUUAUGAGUAUUUAGUACACUAAGCUUAUGCAUAAUUUUUUUUUCAAGUAGCACUUUUCCAUAAUGUGGUACAGGUUCUAUGAUCAAGGAUUCAAAGGUGUUCCAUCUAUAGAUCUUUAUGCUUUGAUGAAUGAUGGAAAUACAUGCACAACAGCAGGACAAGAUAAAGGAUUUACUCUUCAGCACCACGCUAAUUUUGACUUCUGUUCAUGAGAUAGGUUGUAGAAGUUCACUGAAACAUGGGACAAUGCUGCAAAACUAUGAAUAUGUAUGAAUACUACCACAAGAAAAAAGAUAUAAGGAACAUUUUGAUAGUCAUAUCUUCAUCAAGAUUAUGUGAUGCUGAUGAUUUGAAUAUCAAUGUUAAUCAUAAGUCUUACCUUAUUGGUUUGGAGACUGAAGGACUGGAACAAGGCAUUACCAUUAUACUAUAAGAUGUUAUCCAGUGGAUAUCAUUCCCUAAAUAAUAGUAAUGCCUGUGUAAGAUGUGUUAUGAUAUUUAGUGGCAUUUACAGGUAGGACAUGUUAUUCAAUGGAUGUCAUUCUCUACAUAAGGCCACUGCGAUAUGAUAAAUAUAUAUAUAUAUAUUUUUUUUUUACACCAUAUUAGAUUUUUAAAUAAUGGAAAAAAAAUAGUUGUAGUUUAUUACAAUUUCAGCCAUGAUACUUUAUUAACUAAGUGGUAUAUCAGAAAUGGCAUCUUAGCAGUACCUUUGUCUUAAACUUUAAUUGAUGGGGAAAAAUACCAUUAUGUGAAUCAAGUUCACUUUUUGUAUGAGUUGUGUUGAAGUUUAUUUGGCAUUUAUACACUUGAGUUUUACUGAUUGUACUGUCAUAAGUAUUACAAUAAUUGAUUUUAUGUGAAGCCAUUUCGUACUUCCCAAUUAGUGUAGGUGGCAAGCCUACAAUGCUAUGCCCAUUGUAAUAAAAGUUUAUCUAUUGUCUUUACACAUAGAUGGCUCUACAAGUGCUUAGUCACUAAGGAGGCAGCUAUUAGUUUUACCUAUCUCAUCUGUUUACCAUUUUCCUUCAUUUUAUGAAAGCUUCAUUUCUGUAGUUUUAUUGUCUUUGAUGUUAUUAUUUUAAUUUAAGAAAUAAUAAUCAUAUCAUUAAGAAUAACAAUGUCAAUAUUAAUAGUAUUGGAAAGAAAAACUCAUUUUCCCACCAAUUCAAGGAAUGGGGAAAUCAGAAUUGGUUAUUAGGGCCACCCAAUAGACUCCUUGCUGGCUGAGCACAUGUGGAGUCCUCUGUAUGUAACAAAAUCACUAAAAUCGAAAGGGGACAGUACAUAAUCUCACUGACAUUGGGUUAAUUGAAGAAGGGGCAAAGUAUAAGAACUUUUUAAUCAUUUCUUAAAUAAAGGAGAAGAAAAACAUAAGAA